UACCACAUGGGGUUGCACAGAACGGACCAUCACUAGCGCCCAGUCCGCGCUGGUGACGUCUAGAAUCCUGUACCGGCUUCCUUACAUGUUCCCGUCCCAGACGGAUAUGGAGAGGCUGGAGCAAGGGCACAGACGCGGGCUACGUACAGCACUGGGAAUUCCCAACGCGGCCAAGAAUGCUGUGGUACUCCAGGAGGCGGGAGCAGAGCCGCUUACAGUCCAGGCCAGAGCCAGAAGACUCUCCCAGUUAGCCCGGCUCUCUACGACUCUCCCAGGAAGGUGGUUCCUGCAGCGAAUCCAAGCUCGGACCAAAGGGUCAUGGCACGACACGGUAGAAGAUUUCCUAAACAUAGCCGGCCCGCUACCGACGAUGACGAGCGAAGCAAGGGUAGCGCCCUGGGAAGUUGCCAAGGUAUCCAUCGAGCUACGGAUCAAGCGCCUGCGAGCCAAAAAAGUUGGACCGAUCAACGCUCUCAGAGAAGCUGUGGAAAAACACAUCGAAGAACGCUACGGUGGUUGGCUGCAGAUAUACACGGACGGCUCUGUAAACAAGGCUAGAACAUCCAGCACGGCAGCUUUCUACAUCCCGGAGUUAGCCCUGGAAUGGUGCGGCAGGCUACAGGCGCCUACAUCCUCCACGACGGCCGAGCUAGUGGCUAUUGACAAGGCCCUCCAAGCGGCUGCCCAGCUGUCACCUCACCGGAUGGUGCUCCUCACCGACUCAAGUGGAUCCCAGGACACACUGGCAUUAAGGGCAACGAACGGGCUGACAGUCUGGCCGGUGAAGCUCACCUAGCGCCUCGCACUGUCCCCACACCACCACACCCACAGCAGGCGGCACUCAACGUCCACUGGCACCUUCAAGACAGCAAGCCAAAACCGGCGCUACCAAGAGGUGCGCUGUCCGGCCUAUCUCGGGCGGCGCAGACUCUUGUGCGACGCCUGCGCACAAACACGGCCUACACGAAUGCUUUCCUUACGAAGAUAGGUAAGGGGCAGCACCCACUUUGCUCCCAGUGUAACUCCGCAGAGACGGUGGAACACAUUCUGUGUGUCUGCCCAGCAUACGAAACUCAACGAGCAGCACUGCGCAAAAGACUUGGCAAGAGCGACCUCACAACUAAUGACAUCCUUGCACCCGACGGUUCCGGACGAAAGUGUCAGAACAUCCUGAAAGCCAUGUUGGCAUUUCUACGAGACACAAAAACCAU